AUGAAAUAUAAUAAUACAUUGUUCAACAAAUUUCUCAAUACUAUCAAUAACAAUACAAACAAUAACAGCAAUAACAACAAUAAUAGCAACAACAACAACGCAAACAAUCAUAUCGCCGUUAAUACCGACAGCAGCACAAAAGAUAAACCUAGUGAUAUAAAGGUAUUGCCUCCACCAACAUCGUCUAUUACCAAUAUGGCUGCUGUUAUAAAUAAUACACCAGUAUCAAGUUCAAUCGUGACAUCCACUCGUUUUACUGAUGAAUAUGAUCUUAAAGAAGAGCUUGGCAAAGGUGCAUUUUCAAUCGUCCGACGAUGUAUUCAAAAAAGUACGGCACAAGAAUUUGCUGCUAAAAUUAUCAACACGAAAAAGUUAUCAACGCGAGAUCAUCAAAAACUUGAACGAGAAGCUCGAAUCUGUCGACAGUUAAAACAUUCAAAUAUUGUUCGCCUUUAUGACAGUAUCGCUGAAGAAGGUUUUCACUAUCUCGUUUUUGACCUAGUCACCGGUGGUGAACUAUUCGAAGAUAUCGUUGCUAGAGAAUUUUACAGUGAAGCAGAUGCCAGUCACUGCAUCCAACAGGUUCUUGAAGCCGUACGGCAUUGUCAUGAAAGUAAUAUUGUACAUAGAGAUUUAAAACCUGAAAAUCUUCUACUUGCCAGUAAAACAAAAGGAGCAGCUGUCAAACUUGCAGAUUUUGGUCUGGCAAUUGAAGUCACUGGUGAACAAACACAAUGGUAUGGUUUUGCUGGUACCCCUGGAUACCUCAGUCCCGAAGUGCUCAAAAAAGAACCGUAUGGUAAACCAGUCGAUAUAUGGGCUUGUGGUGUUAUUCUUUACAUCCUUCUUGUCGGCUAUCCGCCAUUUUGGGAUGAAGAUCAACAUCGACUAUACAAUCAAAUUAAAGCAGGAGCUUAUGAUUAUCCAUCACCUGAAUGGGAUACAGUGACGAUAGAAGCCAAGCGUUUGAUCGAUUCAAUGUUAAAUAUCAAUCCUAGCAAACGUAUUAGUGCAGCAGAUGCCUUGAAACAUCCAUGGAUUUACCAACGUGAACGAGUCGCCGGUACGAUCCAUCGACAAGAAACGGUUGAUUGUUUGCGUAAAUUCAAUGCACGUCGAAAAUUAAAGGGAGCUAUUCUAUCAACAAUGUUUGUUAACCGUACAUUGAUACCAAAUUCAGCGGUAUUUGCUGGAACCUCAGCAGCAACCAAUGGGAAAAAGUCAACAGUACCAACAACCGGCAGUGGAACAUCCCCGGUUACAACUUCUGCUUUAGCGUCAGUUUUUGCUAUUGGAGGUAAUCGUCGACCGACAACACAAAGUGAUAAUAGUGCGAUCAAAGAAUCUGCAGAUAGUAAUAGUGCAACAAUCGAUGAUGCUAAUGAUCUCGAACGAGUUGAUCGAAUAAGUGGAAAAAAGCCUUUUCCAUCUUCGACAAAACCAUCCAUGUUAACUCUGACUUCACAAGCAACGAAAGUAACGAAUUUAAAUUCGGAGAUCACUAAAGUAACCGAACAAUUAUUACAAGCAAUUGUUAACGGUGACUAUGAUAUGUAUAAAACAUUAUGUGAUCCAAAAAUCACAUGUUUCGAACCGGAAACCAUAGGCAAUCUUGUGGAAGGAUUGGAUUUUCACAAAUUCUAUUUUGAUACAGCGCGAUUUACUCGCUCCGAUACAGUUUUGUCAACUAAACCGAACAAACCAACAAUUAACUGUACGAUGCUAACGCCAGUUGUUCAUGCAUUAGGCGAUGAUUCAGCUUGUAUUGCAUACGUUCGUCUUCUACAAUUUCUCGACCGUAAUGGACAACCACAAAGCGUGCGAACGGAAGAAACUCGUGUAUGGCACAAGAAAGACUCACGUUGGUUAUGUGUGCAUUUUCAUCGUUCGGGUAUGUCUGUUGCCACGGCUAUCAAAGCUUUUCCUCAACCGACGUCAAUGUAA